ACCUAAAAUACAGCAACCUAAAUGUUUGAAAAUUAAUAUUUCAGAAAUCUUUGAAAAUUAUGCCAUCGCUCUUCAACUCAAAAAUGAAUUAAAAAUACAUCAAGAGCAAACCUGAAAAAAUAAUAAUUUCAAUUUCAUGAGGACUCAUUUUAACAGAUUCAUACGCACCAUAAAAACUCAACUUCAGGCAAUGCCAAGUCUCUCAUGCUCUAAAUCAAAGUAAAAUCAUUAAGUAAUGAAAUUCUAAUUUUUGAAAUUUCUUAAUUUAAAGGCCAUACAAACUCCAAAAAUUGAUUUGAAUUUUCGUCAAAUUAAAAUUUCACUGUUUAGCCUGUCAAGAUUGCCUAUCUGGUCUCUUGAGGUCGUUGACUCAUUUAUCAGGCUUCUCGAAGUCGUCUGUCUGUCAGACAUUUUAGAGUCACUGACCUCCAGUGUCUGGACUCUAAAGGUCACUGACCUUAUUGUCUAGUCUUUCAAGGUCGUCUGAUUGGCCUCUUAAGGUCAUUGACCUGUCAGGAUGGCUUCUCAAGGACGCAUGCCUGCUAAUCUGACCACUCAAGAUCAUUGACCUCUGCGUCUAGGCUUUCAUCAAGGUUGUUUGUCUACCUGUCUGGCUUCUUCAGGUCAUUGACCCGUCUGUCAGGCUUCCUGAGAUCGUCUACUUGCCCGUCAGACUUCUUUAGGUAAACUGGCUGCCUGUCUGCUCUCGUGAGAUCACAGACCCAUCUGCCAGGCUUCCCGAGAUCGUCUGGCUGGCUUAUCAAGGUCAUUGACCCGUCUGUCUGGCAUCUUACAGACACUGCCUCUCCAGCUUUCCAUCCACGAAAGUCUUCCAUAGCUACCAAUAAAACAGUACAAAAUCCCAAUAUGCCCUCUGAUUUUUUGAAAAAUGGAAAAUUUUUCAUUCAGUUUGCCUCUUUAAAACAAUCUCAAAAAUAUGAUAUUUUUUUCAAAAUUUCAAAAAUUUAAAGAACGUUGAAAAAUUGUACAUUUUACAUUUACUUUACAGAAUCUCGUUUAAAAAUAGAAAAUAUUUCGUCUCUCGAGUGCUCCUUGAAAAAAUUUGUAAACACUUCAAGAUUCUAGACACCUGUAAAAUUUAUUACUUACGUAUUACGUAAGUAGGCACUGAUAAAAAUCUGCCCACUUCCAUCGCCUCAGUAUAUCUACACAUGAAUCACGUGACCGUUGGGGUGUUUCAAUUUCUUGUAACAAAUUGCAGUCUCAUAUAUUAACGUUAUGUGAACGAGGGAAACAUUUCGAGCUAAUUUUUUGAAAAUGAAAAUACAUUUGUCACAAAGCAAAAUGCAAGCGCUAAUGCUUCAAUUUAUGAAAUGAGUUCCUCAAUGAAUGAUAUGUUUAUUACUAUCCACUGCUAUCCACUUAAGUACACUACCUAUUUCGCACUCGUAUAAUUUUAUUGAAUUGUUCAAUGAAAUCCCUAUGUAAGUAGAUUGCAGGUGAUGAAUUUUCGAAAAUUUUCAAGUAACGAGACAAUUUUCAAUAGUUCAAUACACCUAUACCUACCUACUCUAACGAGAAUUUUCCACACAAAUUCACGCGCUAGGCAGCUUUUCGACUCACUCUCGCAGAAAGCUAGUCACUUGAUGUGCACGAUGCUUAUAAAACAUGAUAACAUCAGUGACAAUUACAGCAACAUAUCAAUAUCUUCAUAAAAUGGAAAAUGGUAACACCGUUUUUUUAUCAGACAAGCCUCAACCAUAAUCCUUGGUAAGUUGAAGUACCUUAUCUGGUGCGAUUACUAACGAGGAUUUGCACAGAAGUGUUGCGGUUUUGUCCCUUCAUAUGUAUUACUCGUGCAAGAUAAAAAAUUGAUUGCACGUCAUUAUAAAAUCACUUCAAUAUUUUCCCCAAUUUUUAACUUGUAACCACAGAGGCAGGAAAGGAGGUGGGAGAUGAUCGUUUCAGUACAUCUAUGUGAGAAACCUUCCCAACAGAUCAAGAUUUUGGAAUUUUUUUUGUACCCACCCCACCUACUAUUGAUUCUCAUGAUUACGAAAUAUUUCAUCAUCUCAAUCUCAACAACUUUUGAAAAACAUUAAUUUGAUAAGGUAAGAUAUCCCCCUAUGAGUUCAUAGGUAAAGAUACCUACAUCAAAUAAAAAAACCUAAUCUAAGGUUUAAAGCAUUCAAAAGUAUAGGUAUUAUAAAGAUCUAGAUAGGUACAGCAAAUACCACGGAUUAAAAGACAAUAAAUCAUGAAAAACUGAUGAAAAUCUGAGUACUUUAAUGACGUCAUUAGUCAGUUAGGCUUUGCGAUUAACACAGCGAAAUUAAAUACUGCAAUAACUCGACACCUAAAUGCUCCAAAAUUUCCCCAUAAUUAGUUUGCAUUUGUAUUAGCCAUUUUUGAGAUCUAAAAUAAGCAUAAACAACAUCACGUAGAUGAGUGCUUCAAUAACACUCCACUUUCAAAAACUGUAAAUCGUCGAUGAGACGACAAAAAAGAUAAGACAAAUUUUAACAUGAGCUGAAACUGAAAAAAAUUUGUUCACUUCGUUUGGUGCAGAAGUUCAUAGUCGAGAGUAUAAUUGAGAAUUUUUUUCCCCGGUAAAAUGUUCGCUGAAAGUGAAAUAUAUCGUCAGAUUUUAGCUGUGGCACCAGUGUGCUACAAUGAAUUCACCAUGGGCAUGGGAUACGGCUGGACAGCUCCGAUUUUGACCAAAUUAAAAAACAGCGGAUACUACUCGGUUGAAGAACUAUCAUGGAUUGGCUCAAUUCACGAGUUUGGCAGGGUGAUCGGACCUUCCCUAGCUGCCGUGCUUUUAGACCGAAUCGGUCGCAAAAAAUGUCUCAUCAUAUGCUCUCUUCUAUUUUUAGCUAGUUGGUUCGGUAUUAUUUUUGCAAAAUCUGUCCUAUGGAUAUGCCUCUUCAGAUUAAUUUUCGGUAUUGGAAAUGGCAUCAAUGAUGUCACAUCUUCAGUCUACCUGGGUGAGAAUUACCCUUCACACGUCAGAGGUAUAUUUUGUGUCGCAGUCAUCGUGUGUUUUUGCGUCGGCGAAUUGUUACAAUUUGUCUUAGCUUCUUGGAUCGAUUAUCGAACCAUAGCCAUAAUAAACUGUUCAAUCGCCUUCGUCGGUGUCCUGGUUACCGGUCUGCUGGUAGAAACGCCUCAAUUUUUAUUAAUGAAAAACGAGCGCUAUGAAGCCUGCAGAAAUUUCUCUUGGUUACGCGGAGUCCACGAUACUUGCGGUGGCACCAACGAAUUUGCUAAAAUUAAACAAAACAUCGAAGAAGAACGCAGGAAGAAGGCAUCUUUCAAGGAGCUAUUCAAAGCUCGAGCUAAUUAUAAAAGUCUGACUAUCAUUUUCAUGUUGAACGUGUUCACUAUGGGUACCGGAUACGCUGCGGUUCAAUCCUACAUGACCAUGGUUUUCUCAUCUUCGGGUACUUUUUCCGAAUACCAGUUCACAAUGAUGUAUGCUGUCAUUCAAUUGAUAGCUAGUUUUUCUACAUCUUUACUCAUCGAACGAUUCGAUCGAAGGGUUAUGGUGCUUCUAUGCUACGCUUCCAUUGCUGGAAUCAACACCAUUACAGCGAUUCUACUCUACGUGCAACAGAAUGUCACCCCAAUGGAGUGUUUUCCCUGGCUCAUUUUCAGUGCUGUGUCCAUCUAUGGAGCAAUUUACGCGGUUUUGUUUCCAGUCGUGCAUAUGAUCCGGGGAGAAUUAUUUCCGCAAAGUAUUAAAGCUAUAGGAGGAUUUGUAGCCAUCACUACUCAUUCGAUUAUGGCUUUCGUUACAACUAGGAUAUUUUUAUCGAUAGCCAAUGAUUACGGAACGUAUUCUAAUUUCUUGCUGUAUGCUGUGAUGAGUUUGAUGGCGUUUGUGUAUAAUUAUUCCCAGCUACCCGAGACCAGAGGUAAACUGCUGGUAGAUAUACAAAAAUGUCUAGAAUGAUAAAUGACCUGGUAAAUUUUUCAGGACUGAUGUAGGUAGGUACUCAUGUAAUUACACAUUCGUGGAUUGAAAAGUGAAUUAAUAUUUCGAAUGCAAUUAAACGUACCUAAGUAAGUAAGAUAGAGAUUGAAGAUGGAACAUGAAAAUACUGAAAAACUAUGAACAAUAUUGUAGACUGAGAAAAAUAAAUAUUUUAAGCUCAGGAUUACUCUGAAAAACAAUCCUCACAAGAGAGGUAUUCCAACCAUCAUUUUUUUCUGUGUUUCUUGAAAAAAUGUACCUACUUGUUUGAGCACAAUUUAUCUAAAUGUUGUAUUUUUUUUUUUUAAUGAAAUAUUGCUAUGUACUUUAUUGAUACCUAGUAAAACAAUUUUCGUCAAA